ACUUUAUUUUAGAAGACUCCUUGUCAAGUAGUUGAAAAAGGAAUCAAUGAGGGAAAUGAGGGUUUGAAAGAAGAAAAUUUAGGGUUUCUUUCCACGAAGUUUCAGACACUCUUUCAGAUAUUUUGGACCAAGGAAUUAGGGUUUCGAGAUCUUUGUCUCUGCAUAGGCUGCUGAAGAGAGUCUGUUUGGUUUGACAGGUUCUCUUUUCAUUUCCCUCUUACUUUCAGGAUUUCAGCUCCCAUUUCGCUCGAUUUUGUUCAUCUAUGAAAAUUUUGGUGAUGGUUUUGAAAAUUUUAAUUUAUCUUGAUUUUUUAUUACUUCUGUUGAAUUGGAGAAUGUUUGAGACAUUUUAGAGUUUGAAAUUUAAAAUAAAUUUGAGCUCUGUACUUUUCUGUGUUAUUUAGUCAGAUUUCUUUGUUUAGUAUGAUUCAUCGGAUCAAUAAGAAGUUGGUUAAGGCUUCAAAGGAGUGAUAUUUAAGUGUUUUGCUUUGAAUUUGGUAGAUUUAGCGGUGUAUUGUAUUUUUAAGUUAAAUUUGGCCUUUUGUGUUUAAUUGGGUGCAUUUUAGCUUGAUAGUACCUUUUUUUAUUUGUUUUAGGGUCUUGUGUGUAAUUUUCAUGUCGAUAUUAUUGUGUUUCUGAAAUUCCUCUUAUAUUAUGUGAAGAUUUUCUUUAUCUUUUAUUCUAAAUGAAAUAUUGUGUGCUUCAUCCUUUAUCUUUUUCUAAAACUAUUUGGUGAAAGAUAGGUUUUAAUUUGGGGAUCUUUCAAAGGUUAAGCCAAUUUUUUUGUUCUAAUUUUGUUUCUUUUUGUUCUAUCAUCCACUUAAUAGAUUUUGUGUUUUAAAUGUUAAGGUUUUUGCUUGAUUUUUAACUCUGGUAUGAAGUCUGAACCAUCUAUGAGAAAUAACUCUUUCAAUCCAUUAUGUAUUGAGCUUUGAGGGCAAACACAAGCUCUUGAAAGGAAGAAAGUGAGCCAUUUGAAAGAGUGGAAAGUCCUAGAUUGGUUUCUGAAUUUGUUUCAAUUGCAUCCCGGCUUUGGGGAAUUACCUUGUUAAACCAGUUGGCUGUUUAUCCUGUUCUUUCUGACCUGAAUUCUAACCCUUUCAUACCAAUCCUCUUAGAGGAUAAUUUGGGCUUUGAAAAUAGGCAAUUGGAGCUAUCGGUGAUCUGGAUAUUGGGUUGGUUUGAAGUUUCAGUCAUAAUUGUUGGGCCCUUUACCCAUUGGCUGUGCUCUAUUUUAAUUCUGAAUUCCUUGGCAUCCCUGUCUGCCUCUCUCUCUCUCCCCCCCCCCACACCCGCGUGUGUGUGUUUGCGCGCCCCUGCACAUACACAUCUGUGUGUGUAAAGUGAAAAACAAUGGCUGCAAGCACAGGAGACAAACAGGUGAUAUCCACUCCAAAAUCUGUGGUCAAGACUAUGGAUGCAUAUCAGAGGAUGGCAAAUGGCAUGAAGAUGUUGUCUAGUUUCGAUGGUCAUUUAUCCACCAUGACCCAAAGGCUAGAUAGCAAGAGAGAGAUCGAUGAAUUGGAAGAGACACUUGAAGUCAUAGAAGAAAAAAUAAUGGGUUUUGAAAGUGGUCCUUCUGAGAGUGUUGGAUCAUCCAUGAUAUGGGAUCGAGACCCUGAAGAAGCUUUCCAGUAUUUGCAAGCAGUAGAUCAAGUUCGAGAAUUGGUAGAUCAGUUAGAGAAAUCAUCCUUGAUUACAGAUGAGAGAGUGAAAGAGAUUCUGGAUCGAGCUCAUAGUCUUCUCCAGAUAGCUAUGGCUAAGCUUGAGGAAGAAUUCAUUUAUGUAUUGGUUCAAUGUAGGCAACCAUUGGAGCCUGAUUUCACCUCGUUUCGCUCUAGCGAAGAUGACUUGGCAGACAGGGAUUCAAUAAGCUCUUCUGAUUUUCAAGUUGAUGAAUGUAAAUCGAAGUUGGGUGAUAAUUCCAAUGCCAUCGAACAAUUUCAGAUGGAUUUAAUUGUCCCUGAGAUGAUUCCCGAACUAAAAAGGAUAGCCAAGCUCAUGUACUCGUCAAAUUAUGAUAGGGAGUGUUUCCAAGCCUACACUAGUAUAAGAAGAGAUGCUUUGGAUGAGUUCCUCUUUAUCCUCAAAGUGGAGAAGCUGAGUAUUGAGGAAGUUCAAAGGAUGGAUUGGAAAUACUUGGAGUCCAUGAUAAGGAGGUGGAUUCGAGCCAUCAAAUUGUUUGUUCGGUUUAUUCUUGUGAGUGAAAAAUAUCUAUGUGAUCAAAUAUUUGGGGAUCUUGGGUCAACUAGUGAGGCUUGUUUUGUUGAGAUAACGAAGGGCCCAAUUAUGCAGCUUCUAAAUUUUGGGGAAGCGGUGGCCAUAACCCAUCGUUCUACAGAUAGACUGUAUUGUGUAAUCGACAUGUAUGAACGUUUGGCUGAUCUUCUCCCUGAUAUUAACUCGUUGUUCCCUGAAGAUAUGGGUUUUAGUGUUCGAGGAGAAGCUCGUGAAGUUUUAGCAAGAUUGGGUGAAUAUGUAAAGAGAACUCUUGUUGAUUUUGAGGAAGCCAUUCGAAAAGAAACAUCUGCUAAUCCUUUUGCGGGAGGUGGGGUUCACCAUCUCACAAGGUAUGUCAUGAACUACAUAAGGACCCUUGCUACUUAUAGCGAUAUUCUCAAUCCUCUUCUCGAUAGCAGGGGGCCAUUACACAGUUCAUUGACCCAACAUGAAGAGGAAGAAAAUGAUGGGUAUUUAACAGAUUCGGUCCGAGCUUCUCCUAUGGCUCAGUGCUUACUCUCUCUAACCCAUGAUUUAGAAUCCAAUCUUGACGCCAAGUCCCAAUUGUACAGGGAUGAGUCUCUCAGGCACUUCUUCCUGAUGAACAAUAUCCAUUACAUGUUUCAGAAGGUUAGGGAGUCAGAGGGGCUCAGUGCUCUUCUUGGUGAUGAUUGGGUAAGAGCCCAUAGCCGUGUUUUUCGAAAGCACGAGAUGAGCUAUGAGAGAGCUUCAUGGAAUGAGGUUCUCCACUGUUUGAGAGAUGAAGGUUUAGGGGGUUCAAGCUCCUCUUCCAAUGCUCUUCUCAAGGAGAGGUUCAAGAGUUUCAACCUUGCUUUUGAGGAGCUUUAUAGGAACCAAACAGGUUGGCAUGUUCGAGACCCACAACUUCGAGAAGACCUGCAAAUCUCCAUUUCGAUGAAGAUUUUGCAAGCUUAUCGUAUGUUCAUAGGGAGGUAUAGGAACCAAUUGGAGGGAGUGAGGCAUUCAGAGAGAUACAUGAAAUAUUCAGCAGAGGAUUUGGAAACAUACCUUCUGGAUUUGUUUGAGGGUUCGCCGAGACUAUUACAUAAUCCUCGGCGAAGAUGAAAUUCGCAUCAUCCUAUGGUACACAAGAGGGUUGCCCUUCUCGUCCUCCUUCCUAUUUAUCAAUUGAAUCAUGAGCCAUACCAUGCCUCUAAGUUAGCUAGUCUUUUCUUUGCUUUUUGACCUAUUAAAUUCAUGAACUAUUGUACCUGUCAGCUGCCAAAGUUAUUUAAAGCAGGUUUUUGUGUUCUUUCUUCAUUAAAUUCAUGAAAAGUUCAUACAUAAGAAUUAUAUAGA